UGGCCCUGGCCUCGGCCCCGGCCCCGGCCCCGGCCCCGGCCCCGGCCCCGGCCCCGGCCCCGGCCCCGGGCGGGCCCCCGCCGGGGGGCACCUCGGCGGGGGACAUGGAGCGCUACUACCGCCUGCUCCGCGCCGCCGCGCUGCUGGAGGCCGCCGCCGAAACUGCAAUACCCAUCUGUGCAAAGGACAUCAGUGAUGAUCUGAUGAAAGAGUUUGCUUUUCUGUCUGGUGGAAGAGGAAAGGACAAAGCUUGGAUUAUCACACUUCCCGAUAAUGCUGGCUUCAACGAGGUGCCUGAGGAGAGUGUUUCUAAAGUCUUAACGUACCUGACAUCAGUCCCAAGUCAACAUGAGUCUGACACUAAAUUUAUCCUAAUUCUGGAUAGAAGACUGGACACAUGGACAUCAGUCAAAACAACCCUCCAAAAAAUAGCAGCAUCCUUCCCAGGGAAUCUGCACUUGGUGAUGGUUCUCCGUCCCACGGGGUUUUUCCAGCGCACCUUCACUGACAUUGGAUUCCGGUUCAGUCAGGAGGAUUUCCUGCUCAAGUUACCGGUGGUGAUGCUGAGCUCGGUGAGUGACCUGCUGACGUACAUCGAUGAGCAGCAGCUGACCCCCGAGCUCGGGGGCACCCUGGAGUACUGCCACAGCGAGUGGGUCAUCUUCAGGACGGCCAUAGAGAGUUUUGCACUAACUGUGAAGGAAAUUGCCCAGAUGUUGCAGUGCUUUGGCAUGGAGCUGGCAGAGACCGAGCUGCCCGAGGACAUGUACUCCAUCGAGCGCAUUCUGGCCCUGCGCACCGAGAGGUACUGCCAGCUCAAGGAAGACAUUACAGCAGUCACAAAAGAGGGAAACUUGCUUUUGAGCAGUUUUGAAGAGCCUGACUCUGGGGAAUGCAGUCAGGACCAGCAGCAAGAAAGGCCUGGGGACUGGGAGACUGUGAAUAGGUUGCUUGGUCAGCUACGUGAGAUGGAGACUGCUUUUGAUGGCUUCUGGGAAAAACACCAGUUAAAAAUGGAGCAAUAUUUACAACUCUGGAAGUUUGAGCAAAGUUUUCAAGAGGUCAAGAAUGCCAUUGAAUUUUUAAUGGGUCAGCAAGCGGAGCUGCCCGACACUGGUGACAGCAUCCCCCAAGUGAAAGAGAGGCUCAAGGACUUGGAAAAUUUCAAUGGCAUGGCCCAGGAUCUGAUAGGGAAGGCUCAGGUGGUGAUACUGCAUGGACACCAGCUUGCAGCCAACCAUCACUAUGCCCUCAACCUCAUCUGCCAGCAGUGCAACGAGCUGCGGCACCACUCCGACCUCCUGUCAGAUGAGAUCAAAAGGAAGCAGAUGCACCUGCAGAAGACCUUGGAGCUUCACACCCGCCUUCAGCAGGCUCUGCAGUGCUGUGAUGAAGGUGCCUACCUGCUCGCCAACCAGCAGAUGGACAAGUGCCAGUCUAAGGAAGGUGCUCAGAAAGCACUCCAGGACAUAGAAAAAUUUCUUGAAAGCUCCUCAGCCUACUUAAACUAUGAUUCCCAAGCCCUACAUUACGAUUUUGAGUCAGUCUUAACAUCUGAGUUGAAGUGCCAGAUCCAGUCCGUGCAGGCCAAGCUGGAGAACGUCCGCAGCAUGUUUGAGAACCGGCAGUCCUGCUUCAAGAAGCUGCUGGAUAAACACGUGCGGCCCGUCCAGCUGGUAGCUCCUCGGCCAGAAAAUCCCCCCAGAUCAAAGUCACCCUUGUUCUCUCCUAAACAUGGUGUGGAUUUUAAUUCCAGUUUGAAAUUUUCAUUUGAUCUCUCUCUCCCUGGGAAGAAAACGUCAAGAAAAACUCCAAGUUCUCGCAAGAUCGAAGUCAUGCACGACUACCAGGAGAAGCGGAAUUCCUUGCAGUAUUUUAUUUCAGACAGUGAUGACAGUUUAGAUAUACUGAAAGGCCAUGUCAUAAAUGAGCUUAUAGAAACAGAGAGAGUGUAUGUGGAGGAGCUCUUCACUGUUUUGAUGGGCUACAGAGCUGAGAUGGAUAAUCCUGCCAUGCUCAUCCUCCUGCCCCCCGUGCUGAGGAACAGGAAGGACGUUCUCUUCGGAAACAUGCCCGAGAUCUAUGACUUCCACAAUAAAAUUUUCCUGCACAGUUUGGAAAACUGCCUGGGAGCACCUGAGAGAGUGGGAUGUUGUUUCCUAGACAGGCGGGAGGAUUUCCAGAUGUAUGAGAAGUACUGCCAGAACAAGCCCCGCUCGGAGUCCCUGUGGAGGCAGUGCUCCGAAAGCUCCUUCUUCCAGGAAUGCCAAAGAAAAUUAGAACACAAACUUGGGCUGGAUUCCUAUCUGCUCAAACCAGUGCAACGCCUGACAAAAUACCAGUUACUUCUGAAGGAGCUGCUAAAGUACAGCACGAGCUGUGAUGGAGUUCAGGAACUUCAAGAAGCUCUGGUUGCAAUGUUGGAUUUGCUGAAGUCAGUCAAUGACUCCAUGCAUCAGAUUUCAAUCACAGGAUAUGAUGGUGACCUAAGUGAACUAGGGAAAGUAUUGAUGCAGGGAUCUUUCAGUGUUUGGACAGGACACCGAAAAGGGCCAACAAAAAUGAAGGAUCUGGCCAGGUUCAAGCCCAUGCAGAGGCACCUGUUUCUGUAUGAGAAAGCCUUGGUCUUCUGCAAGAAGCGAGAGGAGCACGGAGAUGGAUAUGACAAAACCUCAUCUUACAGCUUUAAGCACUUUCUGAAAAUGAAUGCAGUUGGAAUAACUGAGAAUGUGAAAGGAGAUCAUCGGAAAUUUGAGAUCUGGUACAGUGGGCGAGAAGAGGUGUAUGUGGUGCAGGCCCAAACAGUAGAUCUGAAGAUGGCCUGGUUGAAUGAAAUUAGAAAAAUUUUGUUCAAGCAGCAAGAGCUUAUAAAAGCAGUGGAGAAGCAGCAGCCUGGCUCGUGUUCGGAGCAGCUCCCGCUCUCCUCCCAGCUGGGUGACAGGAAGCAGCAGAGAGCCUCCAUCAGCUCUGAAGAGAACGACUCGGAGCGCACCAGCCCGGUGAUGCUGGACAGUGGGCUCGUGUCCCCCCAGAACAAGCCCCACAGAAGCUGGCCAGGAAUGUCCCAGUCCCUGGAAAUCUGCGAGGGGCUGGAGGAGUGGUCGGGUCACCAGUACCUCUCCAACUGCUCAGACACCGAGGAGGAGGACGGGAACCAGCUGUCUCCAGGAAAAUACAAAGCCCUUGCAGACUGCAAGAGGAGAGGAUCAGAGGACCUGCUGGUGAAAAACGGGGAUGAAAUUCAGCUUUUGCAUGAAGAUGGUGAGGGACAGUGGUUGGUGAAAAACCUAAACAGAAGAAAAGAAGGCUGGAUUCCUGUCCACAGUCUGCAGAUAGUAGUCGGUGACUGCAGAUUUCGGAAUGCCAAAGUUGCAGAUUUCAUUGCAAGAGCACUGGGUAGAAGACCGGGGAGAAGAGACGGAGUCUGACCAGGGAUCCCCGUGACUGUUUUGCCUCCUGCUGUAGCUCAAACCCCGUGUGAACAGGAGGUACCUAAGCAAAAUCUCCUCCUGCUGCAAAAGACAUCGUGGCCUGACCCCAGCACUCUAAAGGCAAUACUUCCUCCCUGCUGCCUCAAUCCUGCCCUCACUGCUGCCUGCUGGUUAAUCCAUCCUUAGAUAAAGUUUAUAAUAAACAGGUUACCAGCUUUCAGCCAAUGGCUUAGAGUCUCCAAACCCAUAUUUCUCAUUUUCUAGCUGUAACUGUAUAUAGAAACAGAUGGGGAAGCAUAAGAGAUGACACAAGAAAAUGCCUUAAGAGCAGCCUGUUGCCCUUGCCAUGUCCACAGCGUCACCGCUCUGUGUGUUGCCUCAUCACCAUAUUGUCCUCUGCAAAUGGGAGACCAGGGUUAGAGAUGGAACAGCUCAGGAAGCCCACAUAGACUUAGUCCAUUAAAUAAAAAAUAAUAGUUAUGACUGUAUGAAGCAAAUUUUGCAAGGUGAUUUCUCUUUAAAUACUUCUUUCUGUCAGAAUCUAUUAUUUUUAUGAAUGUGAAGGAAGCCAUCUGACGGGCUUAAAAUUCCAGUCAGCUUUUGAGGUUUUUUUGAUAUAUUUCAGUGAAAUCCUUCCUAUAUAGGAGGGUAUUUUUAAUCCCCUUUGUUGCAAGGCAGUCAAAUCUCACAGGUUGAAGGUUUGCUGAUUUUCUGUAAGGAGUAGAUUGCUAACUACUGUUCAGAGUUUACUGACAUCCUGUUUUCAAGAUGCAGUUAUGGCUCCCUUGAUCUUCUCUCCCCAUAUCACCAGGUCCUAUGCAAAAGGGUUUUCCAGCUGUGAAUGCAUCUCAAAAAAAGGAUGCUGGGAAACUUUGAACCCAGUUUUGCUUUGUCAGUGGUCAUAUCCCCAAAAUCCUAGAGACUGACAGCUCUAGACUGGUUUAUAAAGUUGCUGAAUACAAAUUAAGGGGGAAUUGCAUGGGGUGAAACCACAGAAAAAAUGCGUCCUGUGAGUCCCACACCACUGCCCAGGUACUCCAGAGCUGUGUCCCAAGGUCUGAGAACACUGAGGCUCUGUUUUCCCUGCAAAGGUGACUGUUCUCUUUUGCUGUUUCUGAUCGUGCCUGCUGUCCUGAGGCAUGAUUCUAAUCUUACACGCGCUCCAGGAAAUAUUGGGGAUGAUGUAGGAUGUUCUCUUGCUAUUUCCUAGAGCUAUUCCUACAGCUCUUUAGCAAUGUGUCCUUCCAGCCAUAAGCAUCUUGCACUCUGAAAACUGAUUUUCAUACAGUACUUCUGCAUUCAGCAAUUCCCUUUACUCUGGGGGGGCUGGUCACUUCACCCUGCAGGUGACACUGUACCACUGAUUCCUUGGGAAUGGUCUGGACUAGGCUCUUUCCUGCUUCUUCAGAAGAUGGAGCUCUUGCUCCAGUAUAGCAGAGCACAAUUAGGCAGCCAAGAUCGUGGAGCGAAGUAGGGGCAGGAGGGAGGAUCAGAACCCUCACGGAUUAUGAGCUGCUUGUGCUGAAAUGCUGGUUUGCAUGUCAGCUGUGUAAACUUGACUAACAUGUUGGUGGGUCCCCAAGAGCUUAGAGAGUGUUGGAGUCACUUCAGUGCUGGAGGAGAGGCAGUUCUGGCAUUUUGUGGGGGCAGUGCCUGCCUUAUUGCUCAGCUCCAGGUUCCCCUAAUUAAAACUCCAUGUCCAGUCGCAGAAUUUCAUAGUAGAAUUCAUACAAAUCUAGGGCUUGAGAUUUCUUUCAGGGCAAAGCCUUUAGCUGAAUAGAAUAAAUGGUUCCCUUACUUUCACAUUUCUUCUUAGAUUUAUACUGUGGCCCACCACAGGAUGGCUGAUACCUGCAUGCCUACAAGCUGUUCCUCUCCCCUCCUGCUAAUUAUUCCAGUGUUGAGCCAAUACAAAUCAUAAUGAAGUUACAGGGAACUUUUUGCUAUUCAUUUUAAGUUAGCAGAGGGGUAUUUGGUAAAUGGUUCACUCCCCGGCCAUUCCAGCUUUGCAAAUCCACAGUCCUCUUGUAAAUCUUGGCCUCGAUAUAAGCCAUGAGGUUCUCUGGGAGGAAGGUGGCUGACUUGGAGAUAAUUUAAAAAAUGAGUUUUCCUUCUGCUGUGCCUCUAGCUGAAAGUUCUGAGAUUAGUCCUUGCUGCUUUCUUCCAAACAGAUUUUUUCUCUCUGCUGUGCAAAUGCAUGGUGAAUUUUUUUAAUGUCAUGAUGAAGGAACAGUUUUGUAUUGCAGGUGGUAACAUGCAGAGCUCAAAAUGAAAAAUAUUUGGAGAGAACUGUGCUCAGAAAGAGCAAUACUCAGAAUGUAACUACUGCUGAGGCUCACCCAUGCGUUGGUAGUUUCAGCUGCCUUGCAAGUGGUCAGGCAUUGCCUGGUUAAGUAACUUGGCUUUUCCAUGAACUAACAUAGAGAUGCAAGAUUAUCUCUUUGCUGCAGGGAAGACUGGGGCUCCAGCAUUACAAUCCCAACUCUUCUGCACUGGAGCAGGAGACAAAACAUUUCUGCAAUGUUCCUUGGUGGCCAGUGUGCCAGGGGACACUUUGCAGCACUGGCAGGUCUGUGUCAGUGAAGAGAAGGGCAUCUCACCUCUCAGCUGCACUGCAGCACCCAUGGCAAGGGUUGGAAGCACAAUAUUGUUGAAGUCUCUUCCUACCCAAGCCAUUCUGGUGAUGUAAGGUGGGCACAGGCUCCUGUUCUACAUGCCAGACCCUCUCCUAGUUUAUUUAACAUCCCACUUGCCAAAUUCUCUCUUCCAAGCCUUAGGGGGAUCCCCUGUGCCUGCUCUCCACGCCAUAAAGCUGACCAAAAGUUUUCCCCCACUGGCAGUGCCUGAAGAACCCAGCUUGCAUGUCCUGUGCCCCCUCUGGACAGGGCCCUGGGGAUUGUCCCAUUUUGUGGCUCCCAUCUGCCUGAUCAGGGUAUUUAUUGUCUGUGGCUUGAGCUUUUGCAGGCUGCUGUAAGCAUGUUGGCUGAAAUGUGCAAGCUUUGUCCACGUUCUGGUUCCAAUGCCACUCGCAGUUUGCAGCUGCAGCACAGCUGUUUGCACUGUCCCUCACGCACUUUAAUGAUUGCAGCCACAGGCUUUUGUGUCCAUACAGGGUCCCUUAGAGGCAAUGCUGAUUUCUUUUUGGCCUUUGAAACGUAAAGCAGGGUCUCCUCCUACGACCUGCAGUGCCAGCCAGCUUCACAGAACCGCUAUUUAGUAACGCCAGAAAACCAUUUCCAGCCUGACAAAAUAAAGAGCCUAGAGAAGAUAUCAGCUGGCCUUGCUGUGAUAAUGAAGUGAUAGAUGAUGGAAAUGAGUCAAACCCUGUGGUCCUGCCUUAGUCAAGGCUCUCACUGAAGCCCGUGGGAGUCCAGCUUUUAGGGAGAAAUGCAGGAGUGCAUUUAUUUUUUUUCUGUUAUAUAAAUGUUACAUGAUUACAGGGAACAAUGUAUUUCUUGGAAUAAGAUGCUUUAAUAUUAACAUCAUUCUCCAUUACU